AUGUCGUACGAAGGCAGCUCCUCGCUCUCUGUGCACCACGAGACGCCCAGUUUCAUGGAGUUGGAUCCCAUCAAUGCGCUUCACCGCGCCAAACUGGAUGCUGAUCCGGAUGCGGAGGAGAGCAUCUGCACGGAUGACGAGCUUUUGGAAAUCGUUCGAGCUGCUAAGCGUGUUGGAAAGGGUGACGGUCAUGCCGUCUUGAUGGGCACGACGUUGGAGGGUCAGUGGAUCGACACUAGAGUACCUGCUCGUAUCCCACACUCUCAUCACUCUUCUGGAAAGUACGAGAGCGACGCUGAACGCUCUUCUGCUCGCACUGCCGAGUACGAUGCUUCUCCGACGGAGACCAUGGGAUCUUCUUACUCUACCGAGGCUACGAGUCAGGCUACCAACAGUCAUCCCUCUGCCGCUAGCGGAACCCUUCACAAAGUGGUCGCUCGUCACCAGCAGCAGCGUUGCGAUUCUUCUCAACAGUGA